GUGGGCUCUAGGAACCCAGAGCUCUCCAGGCCAAACAUCUGUAGCCAAACAGAGGCCCCGAGCCGGUCAGAGAAGACGGCUCGGCCCCGUAUGGAUAAUUCUUUUGAUCUCCUAACGGAAUAAAAGAGAAAAGAUGCUUGAGGAAAAUCCUGGCAAAAAUGAUAACCCAGUUUUGAUUAACAUUAGCCACAGGAAGGAAAAGGGAGACCAUUAUGAAAGUACGAAGGACCCUCUUAAAACCUCAAAGGUGACAGCACACAGUCAGUCUCACUUGAAUGACAAGAGCAUCCCAAACGUCAGCACAGAGCUGGACAGGAUAGACUACAUCCUGGUGUGGGAAGAAGGGCCUUCGAAAAAGCAACAUAAGGCCAGGACAAGUUGUGAGAAAUAUAAGAAGAAAGACUCUGAACAUGACGUGUGGAGGCUGAAUUUCUUGACUCAACUCCAGGCUACAGGGCUUCUCGUGGAACAGCAUUUAGUUAAGAGUGGAAAGAGAUCCAUACACUAUGUCUUGCUCCAUGCUCCCUGGAUUGUCCUCUGUUACUACGCUGAAUCUCUCAGGAUGAAGAUGCCCCUGCAGGCCUUGCCCGCUCAGUCCUCCCAUGGGUCUACUAAACUGAUGAGAAAACUAGGCAUACGAAACCCACUGGAUGAGGAGGUUCCCCACAGGCCUCAGGACUACUAUACUUGCCAGUUCAAGGGGACCAAGUUAUCCAGGUUCCUGGGCAGUAACAGUCCCAAGACUUUCUUUGCCAGCACCAUCAGGCACCAGAUUCUCUAUGAGAUCCUAGAGAAGACAAGCUUUGGGCACGAAAGGAGAGGGCUAUUUGGGAUCGAGCAUCUGCUGUCUGAGAAAGUCUUCAAGGCGGCGUUUCCUCCGCAUGAUGGUCCCUUCCAAAUCCCCCCAGAGGGACUGGCCCCCGAGGAAAUGAAUCAGCGGCAAAUCCUCUACCAUUACUGGGCCAAGUGGAGCAAAUGGAUGAAGUACCAGCCGCUGCAUCAUGUCCGAAGGUACUUUGGAGAGAAGAUAGCCUUCUACUUUGCCUGGCUGGGCUUUUACACGGCAUGGCUCCUGCCGGCAUCUGUGGUGGGAGUCGUGGUCUUCCUAGUGGGCUGUUUCACUGUGAGCACAGACAUCCCAACGCAAGACAUCUGUGACAUUGAGCAGGACCGUUGGAUGUGUCCCCUUUGUAAUGACUGCCCAUUCUGGAAGCUGUCGAGCAUCUGUAAGAUCACGAAGAUCAGCCGCCUCUUUGACAACAGCGGGACUGUUUUCCUCAGUGUCUUCAUGUCUCUGUGGGCCGUGACGUUCCUGGAGUACUGGAAACGCAAGAGUGCCAAGCUGGCCCAUCUCUGGGACUGCUAUGACUACAAGGACUAUGAGGAGCGGCCUCGGCCCAAGUUUGUGGUCAUGGCGCCCAUGACAACUCGGAAUCCGGUCACCAACCUUGUAGAGCCCUUCUUCCCCAAAAAGAGUUAUUUCCAGCGCGCCUUCAUGUCGGCCUCCAUCAUCAUCAUCAUGGUUGCCACUAUAGUGCUGCUCCUGAUAGCCAUUAUCCUCUACCGGGCAACCGUCACCAUCUUGGUAGCCAAAUCCAGAAACAUCUUCCUCCUGAAAUGGGCACCUUGGAUCGCUGGUUUCACAAGUGCCAUUAUGAAUCUUUCCUUCAUCCUCCUCCUGGCCAAGAUCUAUGUCCCAGUCGCAUAUGCUCUGACCAACUGGGAAAUGCACAAAACCCAGUCCAAGUUUGAAGAUUCUUUUGUUUUAAAAGUGUUUAUUUUCCAGUUUGUCAACAUCAACUCCUUUCCGAUCUACAUCGCCUUCUUCAAGGGGAGAUUUUCAGGUUACCCGGGAGACUACCGUUCCUUUUUUGGAAUACAAAAUGAAAAUUGCGUCAGUGGUAGCUGUUUUGUUGACCUUGCCCAGGAAAUGCUGAUCAUCAUGGUGGGCAGGCAAAUCUUCGUUAGCCUGUUGGAAAUCAUCAUCCCGAAACUCCAAGUAUGGAGACACAGAAAAAAUCUUUAUGCUAAGCAAAAUAAGAAAAAGGAGGAGAAGAACUCAAAUAGCCUUUGGGAGACAAACUACGAACUUCUGAAAUAUGAGGGACUGUUUGAGGAAUAUCUGGAAAUGGUGAUACAGUUUGGAUUCAUUACCAUUUUUGUGGUCGCCUGUCCUCUUGCACCACUGUUCGCUCUCCUCAAUAACUGGUUUGAGAUCCGCCUGGAUGCCCAAAAGUUCGUCUGCCAGUACCGGCGCCCUGUGGCAGAAAAGGCCCAGAACAUUGGCAUCUGGUUUCAAAUCCUGCGGGUUUUGACCCAUUUGGCGGUCUUAAGUAAUGCCCUCCUUAUCGCCUUCACGUCGGACUUCCUUCAGAGGGCCUAUUAUCAGUACGUCCAUUCUUACGACCUCCAUGGCUACAUCAACUUUACCCUGGCCCAGGCUCCCAAGGCUUUUGUGCUCGCCUCCAACCACACGUGCAGGUACCAAGCUUUCAGAGAAGACAGCGGGCAGCAUUCUUUCACCUUCUGGAACCUCCUGGCCAUCCGCCUGGCCUUCAUCAUCAUCUUUGAGCACAUCAUCUUCCCCGUGGCCUGGCUCAUCAAUAUCCUCGUGCCCGACGUCCCUGAAUCGGUGAAAGUCAAAAUGAAGCAGGAAUACUUCCUGGCCAAGCAAGCCCUGGCGGACCACGAGUUCAGGUCCUGACUUUGGACUAUUCCGAAUCUCUCCAAGGAGACAGAUGGGGAAACUGAGGCUCAGACUAGGAGCACUCCUAUUCAUUGCCUUCAUCUGCCCAGUCCAUUCAUUUUCUGGCGUGGCACGAGAGCCCCAUCCCCCAAGCUACCCACGGGACCUUACAAGGUUCAGCUGCCCGCCGGCCCAUUCCUCCUCCUCCUGGGCACCCCGCCGGUCAGGGUGGGGAGAAGAGCAUGUUGAGAAGCUCCCCCCCCGGCCCCAUGUAUGAGCCAUGUUUAAUUGCUGGGGAUAUCUUAGCGAGUCAAAAUGGGCUAAGUAGGUUUUCUCCUUUCUCCUUUGAUCCCUUCCCCGAGACAGAUUUUCUUUGGAACAAACAAAGCCAAAGACCAUGACAUUAAACAGGAAUUAGAAGAUCAGGAAAGCUAGCACCAGUUGGACAAGCGGGAACGGCGGGAGAGGAGCUUGAUCUGGGAACAAAAUGAGAUCUCUUGGCCGUUGUCAUGAACUUGAUGUCGGGGAUCACCUCUGGGCCAGUCAAGGUGUGGCCUGACAGAAUUCUAAGCCUCGGAGGCGGCUGUACCUGCCCUCCCUCCGUGGGGACGGGUCCCCCACAUGCAGAGGGCUCCCCCUGCUCAUGCCCAGCCCCCUCUCCUCGCCAAAGCUCCCGAUGACCACCCGGAGUCGCAGAGGCCCCCCCAGGAGGGGCAGAAGUCCCACCUGCAGGGCUCCAAACCAAGGCCAGGCAGCCCGGAUGGGCAGUGCCCAUCUCAUUCGGGCGAUGGGUGCGGAACAUGGAGGCCCCUUCCCCUCACACAGAUCUCGAUGGCCCAGAGUCUUAGCCUGAGGUCACUGCCGCUUGGGCCACCGCUUAAGCCCCUGUGCUUCGGGGCCGGAAUGGUUCUGUUGGAGCAUCUGGGUGGGGAAAUGCCAGCAGCAAGUGAGCCCAGGCAGAGCCUGUCCGUAAGAACCGCGGCCCGGUCCCGGUCGCAGAACCGAAGCAACGCUUCCUAGCAAGUCUCCGGGAGGACCGGAAGCUCCCACUCCAGCCUCGGUGUUUUCAAGCAAGACAAUGAAACUUUCUUCUCUCAAAAUCAGUUCUAGGGGGGGAAAAACAGACUUCUAAGGUUUCCCAAACAGGGUAAAGGGGAUUGUUUUUAGACGCAUUUGGUGCAGUAUUCAAAUUUCAAAUAAAUGAUUAAAGGUCU